UACCGAGAGAGGGGGGUGAAGGAAAAAAACCAACUGGGUAGGUCGGUCUUUGUUUCUGGCUAGGAGGAAAACCAAGAUACGUUGCGACCGGUGUGGAAUCAAACAUCACCUUUCACCACUUGUGGGUCCUUGCUGCUGCCACACAUUCCCAGUUUCCCCUGAGAGAUGUCCACUCCUGACCCCCCGAUGGGAGGGACACCUCGGCCUGGACCCUCCCCAGGCCCAGGGCCAUCUCCAGGAGGCAUGAUGGGCCCGAGCCCGGGCCCCUCACCAGGCUCAGCCCACAGCAUGAUGGGGCCCAGUCCAGGACCUCCUGGAUCUGGACACCCCCAUCCUCCACAGGGACCCUCAGGAUAUCCUCAGGACAACAUGCAUCAGAUGCACAAAUCCAUGGAAGCCAUGCAUGAGAAGGGAAUGCCUGAUGACCCUCGCUACGGCCAGAUGAAGGGCAUGGGCAUGAGACCAGGGGGGCACAGUGGUAUGGGACCCCCUCCAAGCCCCAUGGACCAACAUUCCCAAGGUUACCCCUCGCCACUGGGUGGCUCAGAGCAUGCGCCAAGCCCUGUCCCAGCCAAUGGCCCUCCCUCUGGCCCCAUGAUGCCUGGAGGUCCCUCUGGCCCUGGGGCUGGCCCUAUGGAGGGAAGUGGUGACCCUAAUCAGGGCAUGGGUCAGCCUAAUCGUGGCGGUCCCCAGGGUCCAGGUGGACCAGGUGGUGCAGGAGGUGGACCUGGUGGUGCAGCUGGACCAACUCCUUUCAACCAGAACCAGUUGCACCAACUCAGGGCCCAGAUUAUGGCUUACAAGAUGCUGGCACGCAAUCAGCCCAUACCAGAGCACCUGCAGAUGGCUGUGCAGGGGAAGAGGCCCAUGCCAGGGAUGCAGCAACAACCAAUGCCUAACAUGCCACCUUCUACUGGACCUGGAGGUGGACCAGGGGCUGGGCCAGGACCAGCUCAGGCUAACUACAACAGACCACACGGCAUGGUGGGCCCCAAUAUGGCACCUCCUGGACCUACAGGAGUUCCCCCAGGUAUGCAAGGCCAGCCUACCAAUGGACCCCCUAAAUCAUGGCCUGAAGGACCAAUAGUGAAUGCUGCUGCUCCAUCCAACCCUCCCCAGAAGCUGAUUCCACCUCAGCCCACUGGCAGACCCUCCCCUGCUCCUCCCUCUGUGCCCCCUGCUGCCUCCCCAGUAAUGCCCCCUCAGACACAGUCCCCGGGACAGCCUGCCCAGCCGCCUCCCAUGAUGCUACACCAGAAGCAGAACCGUAUAACCCCUAUUCAAAAACCCCGUGGGCUGGACCCAGUGGAGAUCCUCCAGGAGAGAGAAUACAGGCUACAGGCCCGUAUUGCUCACCGUAUCCAGGAGCUGGAGAACCUGCCUGGCUCUCUAGCUGGUGACCUGCGCACCAAGGCCACCAUCGAGCUCAAGGCCCUGAGGCUGCUUAACUUCCAGAGACAGCUGCGUCAGGAGGUGGUGGUUUGCAUGCGGCGUGACACCGCUUUGGAAACUGCCCUGAAUGCUAAGGCCUACAAGCGCAGUAAACGUCAGUCGCUACGUGAGGCCCGCAUCACUGAGAAGCUUGAGAAACAACAGAAGAUCGAACAGGAGCGGAAACGUCGUCAGAAACACCAGGAAUACCUCAACAGCAUCCUGCAGCAUGCGAAGGACUUCAAGGAGUACCACCGCUCCAUCACAGCGAAGAUCCAGAAGGCCACCAAAGCUGUUGCCACCUAUCAUGCCAACACUGAGCGUGAGCAGAAGAAGGAGAAUGAGCGCAUCGAAAAGGAGAGAAUGCGGAGGCUGAUGGCUGAAGAUGAAGAAGGCUACCGUAAACUUAUCGACCAGAAGAAAGACAAGCGUCUGGCCUACCUGCUGCAGCAGACAGACGAAUACGUGGCCAACCUCACUGAGCUGGUGCGUGCCCACAAAGCCGCACAAGCCCUCAAAGAGAAGAAAAAGAAGAAGAAAAAGAAGAAGCCUGAGACUGCAGAGGGUGGUGCUCCUGCUCUCGGUCCUGAUGGAGAACCUUUAGAUGAGACCAGUCAAAUGAGUGACCUGCCAGUGAAGGUCAUCCAUGUGGACAGCGGAAAGAUCCUGACUGGGGUUGAUGCACCUAAAGCUGGUCAGCUGGAGGCCUGGCUUGAAAUGAACCCAGGAUACGAAGUCGCCCCACGUUCAGACAGCGAAGACAGCGGUUCCGAAGAAGAGGAGGAGGAGGAGGUACAUAACACAGUGAACUCCACACCAAAGCAAAAUUAUUUUCUGAUCAACAGUUUUCUAACCCCCCCCCCCCUCCCCCUUUUUUUUCAGGAGGAAGAAGAGGAGCAGCCUCAGCACUCUUCAGCUCCAGCAGAAGAAAAGAAGAAGAUUCCCGACCCUGACAGUGAAGAUGUAUCUGAAGUGGAUGUCCGGCACAUCAUUGAACACGCCAAGCAGGAUGUAGACGAUGAGUACGGUAACGCGUCCUUCAACCGAGGCCUGCAGUCCUACUACGCUGUGGCUCACGCUGUGACUGAAAAAGUGGACAAACAGUCCACACUGCUGGUCAAUGGGCAGCUCAAGCAAUACCAGAUCAAAGGUCUGGAGUGGCUGGUGUCACUUUACAACAACAACUUGAACGGCAUCCUGGCUGAUGAGAUGGGUCUAGGAAAAACGAUCCAAACCAUCGCCCUCAUCACUUACCUCAUGGAGUACAAGCGCCUCAACGGGCCCUUUCUCAUCAUCGUACCUCUCUCAACUCUAUCAAACUGGGUCUAUGAGUUUGAUAAGUGGGCGCCAUCUGUCGUGAAGGUCUCCUACAAGGGGUCUCCAGCUGCUCGACGUUCAUUCGUUCCCAUCUUGCGCAGUGGCAAGUUCAACGUGCUGCUCACCACAUAUGAGUACAUUAUCAAAGACAAACAAGUGCUAGCAAAGCUUCGCUGGAAGUACAUGAUUGUUGACGAAGGCCAUCGUAUGAAGAAUCACCACUGUAAGCUGACCCAGGUCUUGAACACGCAUUACUUAGCCCCGCGGCGUCUGCUGCUCACAGGUACUCCUCUGCAGAACAAGCUCCCUGAGCUCUGGGCCCUGCUCAACUUCCUCCUGCCCACCAUUUUCAAGAGCUGCAGCACCUUCGAACAGUGGUUCAACGCCCCCUUUGCCAUGACUGGAGAGAAGGUUGACCUGAAUGAAGAAGAGACCAUCCUGAUCAUUCGACGUUUACACAAGGUUCUUCGACCUUUCUUGCUGCGCCGACUCAAGAAAGAGGUCGAGGCCCAGCUGCCCGAGAAGGUGGAGUAUGUGAUAAAGUGCGACAUGUCAGCCCUACAGAGGGUUUUGUACAGACACAUGCAGGCCAAGGGAGUCCUUCUCACAGAUGGGUCAGAAAAAGACAAGAAGGGUAAAGGAGGCACGAAGACCUUGAUGAACACUAUCAUGCAACUGAGGAAGAUUUGCAACCACCCUUACAUGUUCCAGCACAUUGAGGAGUCCUUCUCUGAGCAUCUCGGCUAUUCUGGUGGAAUAGUGUCUGGCCCUGACCUGUACCGCUCCUCUGGGAAGUUUGAGCUGCUGGAUCGUAUCCUGCCCAAGCUGAGGGCCACCAACCACAAAGUGCUGCUCUUCUGUCAAAUGACCUCACUCAUGACUAUCAUGGAGGACUACUUUGCGUACCGCAACUUCAAGUACCUGCGUCUGGAUGGAACCACUAAGGCAGAGGACCGCGGCAUGCUGCUGAAGACAUUCAAUGACCCAGCCUCUGAGUACUUUGUGUUCCUGCUCAGUACCAGGGCAGGAGGCCUGGGCCUCAACCUGCAGUCUGCUGACACAGUCAUCAUCUUUGACAGUGACUGGAACCCACAUCAGGACUUGCAGGCCCAGGACAGAGCCCACCGUAUCGGUCAGCAGAACGAGGUGCGCGUGCUCCGCCUCUGCACCGUCAACAGCGUGGAGGAAAAGAUCCUGGCAGCGGCCAAGUACAAACUGAACGUGGACCAGAAGGUCAUCCAGGCCGGCAUGUUCGACCAGAAGUCCUCAGGCUAUGAACGUCGGGCCUUCUUACAGGCCAUUCUGGAGCACGAGGAGCAGGACGAGGAGGAAGACGAGGUUCCUGAUGAUGAGACUGUCAAUCAGAUGAUUGCCAGAAGUGAAGAGGAGUUUGAACAGUUCAUGCGCAUGGAUCUAGACAGACGCCGCGAGGAAGCCCGCAACCCCAAGAGGAAACCUCGUCUGAUGGAGGAAGACGAUCUGCCUGGUUGGAUUCUGAAAGAUGAUGCUGAGGUCGAGAGGCUAACUUGUGAAGAAGAGGAGGAGAAGAUGUUUGGCCGAGGAUCCCGCCAACGGAAGGAGGUGGACUACAGCGACUCGCUCACUGAGAAACAGUGGCUCAAGGCCAUCGAAGAGGGUAAUCUAGAGGACAUCGAAGAGGAGGUGCGUCACAAAAAGACAACCAGGAAACGCAAGAGAGACCGUGACCACGAUGGCGGGCCGGCCACACCCAGCUCCAGCAGUGGUCGAGGGCGGGACAAGGACGAGGAGGUGAAGAAGGCAAAGAAACGUGGUCGCCCACCCGCUGAGAAACUCUCUCCAAACCCCCUGUCCCUCACAAAGAAGAUGAAGAAGAUCGUGGAUGCUGUCAUCAAAUAUAAGGAUGGUAAUGGGCGACAACUGAGUGAAGUCUUUAUCCAGCUGCCCUCUCGCAAGGAGCUGCCCGAGUACUAUGAGCUGAUCCGCAAACCUGUGGACUUCAGAAAGAUCAAGGAGAGGAUCCGGAGCCAUAAAUACCGCAGCCUGAACGACCUGGAGAAGGAUGUGAUGCUGCUGUGUCAGAACGCCCAGACGUUCAACCUGGAGGGGUCUUUGAUCUACGAGGACUCCAUUGUGCUGCAGUCUGUCUUCACCAGUGUGAGACAGAAGAUUGAGAAGGAGGACGAGAGUGAAGGAGAGGAGAGCGAGGAAGAGGAGGAGGAGGCAGACGAAGGCUCCGAGUCUGAAUCUCGUUCAGUGAAAGUGAAGAUUAAGCUGAGCCGAAAAGAAAAGGGGGAUCGAGGAGGAAAAGGACAACGACGGAGGGGCCGUGGUGCCCGGGCUAAACCUGUGGUGAGCGACGACGACAGCGAGGAGGAACAGGAAGAGGAGCGUUCGGCCAGCGGCAGCGAGGAGGACUGAAGUGAACCACUCCUGAUCGGACCAACGGCCCACUGAGCCCCUUACUGGACUUUAUAUAUUUUACUUAGAUACAGCAAGGAGACAGUCAGUGGAAGAGGCCUAGUUUUACCUAGAUGAGCUGAUUUUUAGUGAGACAAUUGUAUUCUCAUUAAAGUAUACCAUUAAUUAAAAACCGAUAAUAAAAAAAAAACUAAAAUAUAAAAGAUAUGAACCAUUCACUUCCAUAUUUAAACCAUUUUUCCC